AUGAGUGCCGGCAAUCAGGCGCCUUUUCCUCGUGCCGGUUUUGGUGGUGUGGAAAUCCACGGGGCAAAUGGCUAUCUUGUGGAUCAGUUCAUCCAAAACGUUUCCGACAAGCGAAGUGAUGCCUGGGGUGGCAGCAUUGUAAAGCGAUCGAGGUUUGCGGUCGAAGUUACCCGAGCUGUUGUCGAUGCGGUUGGAAACGACCCACGCUUCAAGCUGGCCUAUCUCUAUAUCUGUGAAUCUGAUACCAAGGAUCCACAAGAGAGUGUUAAAUUCAUGCUUGAUGCUUAUGGUAACACCGGUCCGGCUGGUUUUGGCAGGAAACUAUAA